AGCAUAUGAGAAAAAUAUCAAGCUAUCACAACGUAACACAUUACUUUCGAUAAUUAAUCUAAACUUCGGGACAAAACUGCCGCAUAAUGCGUUUGUUAAAAGUGGGCAGCCGUAUGACAGCGUUGCGUGCGCGCUUAGAGGAGAAAUUUACGCUGCCUGCUCGCUUUAAGGGCACUGUCGUCGAGAAGUGGGCAAACUACUGGAAAGGACUGCUGCGUGACUAUUCAGAAGUGGGCCUUGGUGUUAUCAAGGAGUCCUAUUCCAAGCCCAAGAAAUCGAUCGCCUACGGCACAGGCAUUGUCGCUUUAUACCAGAUGGCCAAGCGCAAUCCAGACAACCUCGCCUUCAUGACGCUGUUGCGCAAACAAACAAACCGCAUGAUAACUCUGCCACCGGCCCAACAGAAUCCCGAGUCAGCUGAAUACCUGAUUAUGCUGGAGCGUGCCAUUAAUCAGAAGAAGUUGCGCCUCCUCUCUCUUGGGUUCUUCACGCUCAUGUGGGUGGACUUGUAUGAUGAUGAUGAUUGCACCUACCCGGCUAUCUGUGAAUAUACGACAGUGGGUUAUAUAAAUUUCUAUGAGCGCAUCAUCGACGUAGGUUUCUGGAAUCAGUUCUGGCGUCUUAAGUGGAAGAUGCGCAACUACGAUAUUAAUUAUCUGUGAUGCUGCUGCUCUUGAAUGCUCCAUUUAGAUAUCGUGUCUGUUACCUCAGCUUAGUUAUGUUUAAUAUCAUAAAAUGUACAUCUUUUAAAGAACAAAAAUGCCAAAUAGUACAAA